AUGUCAGUUCUACAACCGCCGAGAGAAGGGAUUACUCUCGAAUACCUCUUUAGACCCGUCCAUUAUGUUUUACUGCAACCAAUCGUCCCCGCUGCCCUUCUUCUGCUGCACCUGAGAUACCCCGAGGGAUUCCAAAGAGCUCUUUCGGCCAUUGGAACGGGUGCACUUCAGCCCAAAGUCGUUAAUCGAACCCUCGGGGGACUUCUCACAUUUAGUGUCCUGUAUAGGUUGAACAGAUAUCUCAGCCGGCUAGUGCUCAAUAACUUUGUAAAAGACACGACAUGGAACUGGGACCGCGAGAUUGUCAUGAUCAGUGGCGGCUCCUCUGGAAUCGGGCAGGAGAUGGUUCGGCAGUUUGGCGAACUUAACAUCAAAGUCGUGGUUCUUGAUGUUAAUCCUCCUCAGACGCCACUACCGCCCAGUGCCACAUUCUACAAGACUGAUGUUACUUCGUCCCAAGAUAUUCGGGACGUUGCGGCGAGAGUCCGCAAGGACAUUGGAGACCCGACAGUGCUCAUCAACAAUGCUGGUGUUGCCAAUGCGAGAACCAUUCUCGACGAAACAGAGGAGCAGCUCCAACGCACCUUCGACGUCAACAUCCUGGCCCAUUUCAAGAUGGUCAAGGAGUUCUUGCCGGACAUGAUCGAGAAGAAUCAUGGUCAUGUGGUCACAAUUGCCAGCAUGUCGAGCUUUGCGACAUGGGCUGGCGUCACCAGCUACGCCGCGACCAAGGCAGCAGUACUUGCCUUCCACGAGGGGUUGUCGCAGGAACUCAGGGCGAGAUAUGGUGCGAAUAAAGUCCGCACAACGGUUGCGACAGUCACAUUUGCUAUAUCGAUACUCAUCCUCGUCCUUGCGGGAGCCAUUGCGCAGUCCAACACUCCGUGGUCUCUGUGGACAUCAUUAGACAGCGACAGUAGUGACAACAAAGUGGCUGCCGCGGCCGCGCGCAUCUUCAGCCCGUUCAGGUCGCUCUCGGUAUUGACCAGAUCCUUCUCCGGUGCUGCAAGAGGAGAAAUGGCCAAACGGACGCCCGUAUACUUUGUCUCCCAUGGCGGUCCGGACACCAUGUUCAAUACCGAACACCCCGUCUACCCACAGUUGCAGCGAAUCGGCCGCGAAAUCACGCAGCAGGUGAAGCCCUCGGCCAUCGUGGUCUUCUCCGCGCACUGGCAAGCUGACCGGCCCAACACGAUCGAGGUCAACGUGGCCGAAGACGAGCCGCUGCUCUACGACUUUUACGGGUUCCCUCGCAGUUAUUACCAGGAGAAGUUCCCCAACAAAGGCUCAGCGAAGCUGGCUCAACAGGUCAUAGACGCCCUCAGCGAGCAUGGGAUCAAGACGCAAAAGGCCGAGAGGGGGUUGGAUCACGGGGUCUUCGUCCCCUUCAAAGUCAUGUUCAAUCCCGACACGAACCCCGUGACGGUGCCGAUCGUGCAAGUCAGUCUCUUCGACGACCACACUGACGCGGCCGCGCACAUCAGACUCGGGCGGGCGGUCCAGAAACUACGAGAGGAGAAUGUUCUCAUCAUUUGCUCGGGCAUGAGCGUGCACAAUCUGCGACACCUCAUGAUGAUGGGAAGGGGUUCGAAUAGAACCAUGCCCUAUGCGGUGACGUUUGACGAAGCCUUGAAGGUUGCGGCGGAGACAAAGCCGGGAGAGCGGAGGGACGAAGCGAUGAAUGAAUUGUUGGAGAGGGACGAUGCGAGACAGGCCCAUCCGACCUUUGAGCAUCUGUUGCCGAUUCUUAUCGCCGUGGGUGCCAGCGGAACGGAUCAGGGAAAGCAACUGUGGACAAUGCAGGAGGCGAGCAUGGGUUGGGCUCAAUUCAGAUUUGGAGAGGUCGAAGCGUGA